AUGGCGUGUUUCUGUGUUCCGGUGCUUGUGCGCGUACGGUCCGUAUGUGUGUGUGCGUGCGUAGGGCGUAUCGCAUCGGUCGCUACUGCCCGCUGUGCGAUCGCUCCUUCAUCGGGCCCAAGGGGACAAUGCAGCUCGUCAUUUGUAAGCUCUGCGAUAGGCAACUGCAUCAAGGUACGUCAUCGUAGCGCGCACCCCCCACUCCCGUCUUCCCCAAACACCUCCCGCUCCCCAACAGCAGCUCCUCCACCCGGCUCCCCCACCUCCCCGCACAACCCUGCGCCGGGUUCCCAACGCAUUGCACGUUGCGUAUACGUUCCGUUUGCGGGAUCAGUUAAACCGAAUAUU